CGCAUUAAGUAAAGAGAGAAAGCGGCUAUUUUUUAACAAUUCUAAGAGCAUAGACAAAGCAAAGGAAAAAUACGUAGUAGCAGAUAGAUUUCCUAAUCUAAAUAUGAUAAAGUUAUUCUCGUUGAAGCAACAGAAGAAGGAUGGUGAAUCAUCGCCAAGACCUGGUAAUCAGAAAAAGCCAUCAGCUGCACAAUUGAGAAUAACUAAAGAUAUAAACGAAUUAAAUCUACCGAAAACAUGUUCCACCGAAUUCCCCGAUCCGGACGACUUGCUCACAUUCAAACUGAUCAUAUGUCCAGACGAAGGCUUCUACCGGACCGGACGAUUCGUGUUCAGUUUCAAAGUGGGUCCCAACUACCCACACGAGCCACCUAAAGUCAAAUGUGAAACACAAGUGUACCAUCCAAACAUAGAUCAGCAAGGCAAUGUAUGCCUGAACAUCCUCCGUGAAGACUGGAAACCAGUGCUCACCAUCAACAGCAUUGUGUAUGGCCUUCAGUAUCUGUUCCUGGAGCCCAACGCUGAGGAUCCAUUGAACAAGGAAGCAGCUGAAGUUCUGACGAACAACCGACGUCUGUUCGAGCAAAAUGUGCAGAAGGCCAUGCGAGGUGGUCAAGUGGGAGGGUUGUACUUUGAAAGAUGUCUUAAGUGAUUUUUACUGCUGUGUUAUGGACUAAAUUUUCAAGUACAAUGUAAGCGAAAACUCUGCUAAACUAUUAAAUGAUAAUUAUAAUAAUAAUAAAACUUUCCUCAUUCGGUUCUUAUGAUUCAGAUUCAAAAAAAAAAAUAGCAGGGGGCGGGGAGAGCUUAAGAGUUAUAUCUAGAGUGUACAUCCCCUGGAUUCCAAAAAUUAGCCUCAAAUGUUUUUUAAGUAAACAAAAGUAAUGUAAUAAUUUCGUUU